ACGCUCUCUGUUUCUCGAACAGAGGAGAAGCGGUGGGGCGUGGGUUUGUUUCUCGAACAGAGAGAGGAGCGGUGGAGCGUGGGGAGAAGAAGAGAGGAAGAAGAGGGAGAAGAGGAGAAGAAGAAGAAGAAGAAGAAAAAGAAGAGAGGAGAAUAGCUGCGGCAAGGCUGCAGCGAGGAGGUGUGUGGCGUUGGGGAGGAAAAGGGAAAGAGGAGAAGAAGAGAAGGAGAAGAAGAGGGAAAAGAGAGGGAAGAGGGAGAGGAGCGAGAGGUGGCAGCAGCUAGGGCUGCAGCACCUCUGUUUCCUGCAGGUGGAAACAGAGGAGAGGUGUGGGGCGUUCGAAGAGGAGAAGAAGAAGAAGAGGAAGAGAAGAAGAAGAGGAAGCAGGAGAAGAGGUUGUGAUGCCUCUGUUCCUGCAGAGGAAACAGAGGAGAGGGUGUGUGUGACGCCGGGGAGGAAAAGGGAAUAGGAGAAGAAGAGAAGGAGAAGAGAGGGAAGAGGGAGAGGAGCGAGAGGUGGCAGCAGCUAGGGCUGCAGCACCUCUGUUUCCUGCAGGUGGAAACAGAGGAGAGGUGUGGGGCGUUCGAAGAGGAGAAGAAGAAGAAGAGGAAGAGAAGAGGAAGAGGAAGCAGGAGAAGAGGUUGUGAUACCUCUGUUCCCUGCAGAGGAAACAGAGGAGAGGGUGUGUGUGACGCCGGGAAGAAGAAGGGGAGGAAGGAGAAGAAGAGAAGAAGAAGAAAGGAAGGAGAAGGAAGAGGAGAAGGGAAAGAAGUAGCUGCGGCUGCGGCUGUGGCAGCUGCAGCUAUGGCAGGGAAAGAGGAAGAGAAAGGAAGAAGGGAAGGAGAGGAAGAAGAGAAGGGAAAGAAGGGGUUGCGGCUGCGGCGAUGGCAGCUGCAGUUGGAAGAGAAGACGGGGAGGAAGGAGAAGAAGAGAAGAAGAAGAAAGGAAGGAGAAGGAAGAGGAGAAGGGAAAGAAGUAGCUGCGGCUGCGGCUGUGGCAGCUGCAGCUAUGGCAGGGAAAGAGUAAGAGGAAGGAAGAGAAGGGAAGGAGAGGAAGAAGAGAAGGGAAAGAAGGGGCUGCGGCUGCGGCGAUGGCGGCUGCAGUUGGAAGAGAAGAAGGAGAGGAAGAUGAGCAGGGGAGGAAGAAGAGGCUGUGGCCGUGGCUGAGGCUGCGACUGCAGCAGUGCAGCCGGGAAAGAAGAGAAGGAAAGGAAGAAGAAGAGAAAGUAAAAGGGAAGAAGAGAGGAAGAGGAGAAGGAGAGGCAGCUGUGGCAGUGGCAGCUGCAGCUGGAAGAGAAGGAGAGGAAAUAGAGCAGGGGAGAAAGAAAAGGCUGCGGUUGAGGUGGCUGCGGCCAUGGUUGCGACUGCGACUGCGGCAGUUGCAGCUGGGAAAGAAAAGAAAGGAAAGGGGGAAAAAGGGGCUGCGAUUGUGGCAGCGGCAGCGGCGGCGGUUGUGGCAGCUGCGUUUGGGAAAGAAAAAGAAGGAAUGAGAGUAAGAGAGAGCAAGUGAUUGUGCCUCGAUGUUCGACACGUGGUGUAGUUGCGAAGAAAGGAAGAAAACAGGAGCACAAAACGAAACAGAGAGAGGACACGGAGAAAAAGUAGAAGGAUUUGGGCUGGCACCUUCUUUGGAUCUUCGGAUCGAAAUCUUUGAAAGGUCAGCUUGUCACUCUUCGAGAUGUUGAUUUGGGCUGAGGCAGUGGAUAGCUAUUCAGAAUUAUGGGCAAGUCUGGGUGGUUAUUAUGAUAUUGUUGUAUAAGUAUGUUUUGUAUGUAAUGAAAUGUUGUCGAUGAAUCGAAAUGGAUAUACUGUGUAAAAGUGUUAGAAGAUCUCUCUUAUUUGGAAUUUCGGAAUGUUAAGUCUAAUUUAUGACGAUAUGAACUUGUGGUGAAUAGUUGGAGUUCUGAUUGUAUAAUUUAUUUAGCUUGUGGAUUUAUAAAUGUUGUUCAUGUUUGUCAA